UCAAAGACUCGAGGGUCCUAUCCAAAAGGAAGCAUUCCAUUGUUGUCAGGUUACAUCCUCAGAGUAAAAGAGAUUAACACCUUUUUGAAACAGAAAAAGAUAUGGAUGUCAAGAAGCAAAAAGCUUAUCUCCCACCAUAGGCUAAACCAGUAACGUAAGGCUCUAAUUCACCCAAGAUAACAUGGCCCGCCCCCAAGUAAGUCUUUGUUAGGGAAACCGAGGGGCCAUGAAGAAAAAGCCAGAGCUUAGUGAUGAGCAAGAGCUUGAGAUCCUCAAGGCCGUGGCGCAAGCAUGGCAGAGCCACUCCAGCAGCUGUCGGCCGAUGGCUGAGUUUGAUGCCCACAAGCAGAGCUUCAAAGGAAAGCCAUCUCGAUUCAGGCAAGAAUUCGAAGCAAUGAGCAGCAAAAAAUCAUCGGAUAAUGGCACCAAGGUUGUAACUUGGGAUUUCGGGCAAUCGUUAUGCGACUCCUAUGAGAUUGUCACCUUGUCCAAAAGAUUAGAGGCAGGGCUUGUUUCGGAUAACCCGUUUAUUGCCUUGAAUGAUCUCGAAGGUCAUGUCCAUAGGAAGCACAAGGAAAAGGGUAGGAAUAGCCUAAGAAACUUGUUCAAAGUGAUGACUUCGAGGAGGUUUAAUGAUGCUGAUGUUCCACGAGAAAAAGGAUAAAACAGUUUUGAUCCAUGCAUCAUGGUCAGUGUAACCUCACUUUGUGUGUUUUGUGAAUUCAAUUUGCAGGUUACACACAUCUGUGUUUCCCUGUCCUUUUGAAAAAAUGGAACAGUGCUUCCCCUAAUGCCAUUUUGAUUUCCACACCAUUGCAAGAACACACAGUAAAGAAACUAUUUAAAUGUUAAUUACUUAUAUUUCUACGGU